AUGCAGAGCUCGGUGGAUAAUAGUAGUUCAAGUACUAAUCUGUUAACAGAAUUGCCAAGAUCUUUAUUUGUGAAGAUGACGUUGGUGCAGGUACUGGUGGGGAUUUUUCUCUAUGUGAACUGUCUGAUGAUAUUCACCUUUUUGAAAAUGGCAGUGUUCAGGGAGGACAAUCGCUACAUUUUGUUUGGGCAAACCCUAUUUGUUGACUCUACUCUCAUGGUUUUAUCUGAUGUGCUGAUGAUUUUAAAUUUAUACCAGUACCACUUCCAUGUAAUCCCUUGUAUUAUUGUGUGUACAUUUGCAACUAUUUUUACCAUUUGUACUCCACUGACUCUUGUGGCAAUGUGUCUGGAGCGCUAUGUUGCUAUAUGCAUGCCUUUAAGACAUGCUGACAUCUCCACCAGCAGGAAUAGAUGUUUUGGAUUUCUGAUCAUAUGGGGUAUGAGCUCCAUAGUUCCAUUGUUCACUGUUAUAGCGUAUAUCUCUGUAGUUCCUCCUGCUGCUCUGUUCUCCUAUACUGUCUGUAGUGCAGAGUUAAUGAUGGGAGAAGAGUGGCAGGCACAAACACGUGCUACAAUUUUGCAGAUCCUUUUCCUCUUUAUGAUCCUCAUUAUUGUCUUCACUUACAUCAAGAUAAUGAUUGCAGCCAGAGCUGCCUCCUCUGAGAAUAAGAAAUCAACCAACAAGAGUCUCAGAACUGUGAUCCUUCAUGCCUUUCAGCUGUUUCUAUGUAUUAUGCAAUUUUUAACCCCAUAUAUAGAAAUGGCAUUUUGGAAGGUUGAAUUUCAGGUGUUUGAUAAUGUAAGAUAUACUAAUUUUGUUGUUUUUAUUAUUGCACCACGUUGUCUUAGCCCAUUGAUUUAUGGUCUCAGAGAUGAAAAGUUUUUUCUUGUUUUGAGACAUAAUGCUAAAUGUGGUUUCACAGUUUUUUCUCAAGUUUAUUCAGAGAUGGGAAGGUAAGACUUAACUCAAAAUAAAUGCAACAAAUUUUAUAAAGAGCUCAAUAUCAUAGUUUAUUCACUGUGCUUUGUCACUCAUUAAUGAG